CCCGGCGUGCAUCGCGUCCCGAGCAACUUAAUGCGAGGGGGGCGGGGUGGGGGGGUGAAAAUGGCGGCGGCUAAAGUGAGGCGGAGAGGUGGCUGAGCUUAUAUUUUGUGCAAUUGAAGACAGAUUCCUGAGUAACAAUGCCUGCUAAAAUUACUUUGCAACUGGUUUUUCUAUCAGUCGAUUAACCUUCAUGUGCAGCAUUGUUUGCUAUUGAUUUCUCAAUCAUGGGACGAAAGGGAGUGUGCUGUUGCUGUGCUGCUUUGCGACCUCGCUACAAGCGUCUGGUAGAUAACAUAUUUCCUGAAGAUCCAAAAGAUGGUCUUGUUAAAGCUGAUAUGGAGAAGCUGACUUUCUAUGCGGUUUCUGCACCAGAAAAGCUGGAUCGAAUCGGUGCUUACCUAGCAGAGAGACUGAGCAGAGAUGUAGUCCGGCAUCGCUAUGGGUAUGUCUUAAUUGCCAUGGAGGCAUUGGACCAACUUCUAAUGGCUUGCCAUUCUCAAAGCAUAAAGCCAUUUGUGGAAAGCUUCCUUCAUAUGGUGGCCAAGCUUCUGGAAUCAGGAGAACCAAAGUUGCAAGUUCUUGGAACUAAUUCUUUUGUCAAAUUUGCCAACAUUGAGGAAGACACGCCUUCAUAUCACAGACGCUAUGACUUCUUUGUGUCUCGAUUCAGUGCCAUGUGUCAUUCAUGUGACCACGAUCCAGAAAUACAAACUGAGAUCCGAAUUGCUGGAAUCAGGGGCAUUCAGGGAGUGGUUCGAAAAACAGUUAAUGAUGAACUUCGAGCAACUAUAUGGGAACCUCAGCACAUGGACAAGAUAGUACCAUCAUUGCUGUUUAAUAUGCAGAAAAUAGAAGAUGUUGACAGCAGAACUGGCCCUCCAUCCUCUCCUACAGGAGGAGAGAAAGAAGAAAAUCCUGCUCUGCUGGCUGAAAACUGUUUCAGAGAACUGUUGGGGAGAGCCACCUAUGGAAUUAUGAAUAAUGCUGUCAGACCAGUUUUUGCGCAUUUAGACCAUCAUAAGCUAUGGGAUCCCAAUGAAUUUGCUGUUUCCUGCUUCAAAAUCAUCAUGUAUUCUAUACAGGCACAGUAUUCCCAUCAUGUAAUACAAGAAAUUCUCAGACAUCUUGAUGUUUGCAAAAGGGAUUCACCACGAGUUCGUGCUGGCAUUAUUCAAGUUCUUUUGGAAGCAGUUGCAAUAGCAGCUAAAGGAUCAAUAGGUCCAGCAGUUCUGGAGGUUUUUAAUACCUUACUGAAGCACUUGCGCAUCAGUGUUGACUUUGAGUUGGGCGAUAGGCGCAGUUCAGCAGGAAGUGCCUCUUUCAGCACAACCUCCAAGGAGAGUGAUGAAAGGAUUGUCCAGAAUGCUAUUAUUCAAACGAUUGGAUUUUUUGGAAGCAAUCUCCCAGAUUACCAGAGAUCAGAGAUUAUGAUGUUCAUUAUGGGAAAAGUACCUGUUUUUGGGUCAACUUCACAGUCACUGGAUACAAGUCACCUUGGGGAUUUGGGAACAAGGAGGAUUCAAAUCAUGUUAUUGAGGUCUUUACUUAUGGUAACUUCAGGAUACAAAGCAACAACAAUAACAAAUGCACUUCCCGCCCCGUUUCUGGACCCGUUGUUGUCUCCUUCACUCAUGGAGGACUCUGAGCUGAGGCAGCUGGUCUUGGAAAUUCUGCAUAAUCUCAUUGAUCGGCAUGACAACAGAGCAAAACUCAGAGGGAUACGAAUAAUACCAGAUGUUUCUGAUCUAAAGAUAAAACGAGACAAAAUUUCAAGGCAAGACGUCAGCUUCAUGAAAAAGCAUGGUCAGCAGUUAUACAGACACAUCUACUUAGGCUGUAAAGAAGAAGACAAUGUCCAAAAGAAUUUCGAGCUGCUGUAUACUUCUCUAGCUCUUACCACAAUUGAACUGGCCAAUGAAGAAGUGGUUAUUGACCUCAUUCGAUUAGCUAUUGCUCUGCAGGACAUUGCCAUCAUCAAUGAGGAUAAUCUACCAAUGUUUAAUCGUUGUGGUGUCAUGGCAUUGGUUGCAGCAUAUCUAAACUUUCUGAGUCAGAUGAUUGCAGUCCCUGCCUUCUGUCAGCAUGUCAGCAAGGUCAUUGAAACUAGAAGUCUGGAAGCACCUUAUUUUCUGCCAGAAACAAUUUUCAAAGACAAAUGCAAUCUUCCAAUAUCGUUAGAGAAGCAUGAAAAAAAUUUAUUUUUCCUGACAAACAAGAUUGCAGAAUCAUUAGGCGGCAGUGGAUACAGUGUGGAAAGAUUGUCAGUUCCUUAUGUACCCCAGGUAACAGAUGAAGACAGACUUUCCAGGAGAAAGAGCAUUGUGGACACGGUAUCUAUUCAGGUGGAUAUUCUACCUGGCAACAACACGGAGGACAAGCUUGAUAAUACUGAAGAAAUCACCUUUGAAGCUUUGAAGAAAGCGAUUGAUAACAAUGGACUUGAAGAACAAGAAAAAGAAAAAAGGCGUCUUGUGAUUGAAAAGUUCCAAAAAGCACCAUUUGAAGAAAUUGCAGCACAAUGUGAAACCAAAGCAAACUUGCUUCAUGAUAGACUUGCACAGAUACUGGAACUCACUGUUCGUCCUCCACCUAGCCCCUCGGGAACAAUGACCGUUACUGCUGGACAUGCUCAUUACCAAUCUGUUCCAGUCUAUGAGAUGAAGUUUCCAGAUCUUUGUGUGUAUUAAGUGUCUUCUGAAGUCUGCUGGAAAUUAUUUAGAGUAGAGUACAAUAGAAAGAGCAAGAUGAGUUUUCAAAUUUUAUUGUUUUUCAUUUAAGCUAAAUUUAAAAUAAUAACGAAUAUGAGCCAAAACCAGAUUACUUUAGCCAAACUCUUGAAUCUCUGCUGUUAUUUUUUUCUGUAAUAUAUUUUAAGUGAGGUUUUCAUUUAACCUUUCUUCAUUUUCGUGUUUCAGUACAUGUACAAGUCAGAUAUAUAACAUGUUUUGCCAUGUAUAUGAAUAUUUCAGUUAUUCUAGGAAUCUGUAUUUCUGUAAAUUCCUUUAAUUCGAGUCAAUGUAAUUGAAGAACCUUAUAAAGUUUUUUUCCUUUUUAUUUUUUUUCCUCUCCUCCUCAGUCAUGUAUCUAAAUGCUUUUGGCUUGUUUCAUCUUAAUAUAUGUAACAGUGGAGCGCUGGCCUAGCUCCCUUUUGUUCCUGCUGUUACAGUUAGUUAACUUGUUUAUUUUGGAAUAUAUGGAUAAAAAAAAUACCUUACAUGUGUUCAAGUACAGUAAAUGAAAGAAUGGACACUUGUUAGGUAGUUCUAAUGCAUAACAUAAUAUGCCUUUUAGAUAUAUACUCUAAAUACACUCCAGUAUAUGUCCUGUGUUUCUUGCUGAGAGCUACUGCUUUACGUAAGAGAGGAGAAAUUUCCUCUUGAAACACUGAAUUGUGCAAUAUUUUUCACGUCUUAAAGUGUAUAGUUUACAGACUGUACUUUUGAAAAUGCAGUAGUAUUUUACUCUGUUUUAGUAUAAAUACAUGAGAAAUAUAUUUAGUAUAGCAAAAAAUAAACUGAGGGCAUUUUAAAUCAUAAAUACAAAAACUACAAUUAUAUUCUAUGGGAUAUUUCUCUGUCAUUUAUUACAGCUUUUUUAAUGAUGUUGUAGAAAUUGAAAGAAAAAUGGAUGAAACUGUUUAAAGACCAGGAAUUUGUUACAUGUGUUUUCAAGCAAAAGCAUUUUUUUAGAGAUGCAUCUGUUUGUCUGGUUUUGUUUCGUUUCUCAGAUCUUUCUAGAUAUAAGGAAAAUGUGCUGACUUUCAUAGGUUUAUGUAUCUGAGUAUACUAUUCAAAUGUAAAUAAAAUAAAACUGAUACAGUAAAUCAGUGAGCUUUUGAUGAUAAUUGUCAAGGCUGUCUUUGACUCACUAAAUUCUGCAGGUAAAAAGAAAAAGGCAGUAAUAGCUGAUGCUGUGAAUCACAAGCUUGAAGUCCCUUAGUCUAUCUGAAUCUGAAGCAACACAAACGUGAAUGAACAGUCUCAAAUGUCAGACAUUUGAAGUAGCCAGCAUUUAUAUAAACAAAGAUCAGGCCACAAACAAAGUGAUCUAACUUUGGUUAGCCCUGCUUUGAGCAGGGGCUUGAUUAGAUGACCUUCAGAAGUCCCGAUCUAAAUUAAUUUUGAUUGCAUAAGUCUACGAGCUGAAUGGUUAUUUUUUUGUCAAGUAGGCCAGCUAAUUUGCUGACUGUUUGGGGCAUUUGCAAACCUACUGUAAAACAAAUAUGUAGGUUUUUGAACUGUAGUACAGUAAGCAUUCCACUAGACUACUCUUAAAAGUCUAAUGUGACAACAGCGAAAUUUCAGCUACUUAAACCUAUGAGAUAACAUGCUGAUACUUUCAGAAAGCAUUCGCAAAACUCAAAAGGUAAUUGAGACCUUCUUUUCAGUUUAACAGUGAAAUCACAGCUGUUAGUGGAUGACGAAACAGCCCCUUAUCUACAGCAUUCCGUUGUGAUUUUUACUGCUGCAGCGUAUCAGCCUGAUCAGACCACAGUCUACACAUAAUUAGGACUCGUUGUCACCCUAGCUUUUAGUUUUCACUUUUUUUUUACAGUAAAAUGUAAUAGCUUUUUGGCCUAUAUGAAGAGUGUAAUUUUUUAAAGAGUAAAUCUAACCUAGAGUUACAAUGUAAAACACUUAUCCACUGUCAUUUUUAAGAAUAACACUGUGCACUUUUGUACAAAAAAAAAUUCUAAAAAAUCAGAAAUAAAGAAUGUACUUCUGUUUGCACUCCUGCAGUAUGCAGACUGUGCUGUAAAUACAGGAUUGUUUCAGUAAUUGAAUUCUGUUGCAUGAAUGCUGCAUGUGAAAAUAACUGAAUCCAGCAUUUCAUUUUCUGUUCUGUUCUAUGAAGUAUCAUUUAUGAAAAUCAUAGGUUUCCAUGUUUUCAAUGUUCAAUCUAGCUUUGUUUGGGAAAUGCAGGUGUUGUGCAGGUAUUGUGCAGGGACUGAAGAGCUUGUAACACUGUGUUCACAUGAUAUUUAAUUUCUUCCUUUCUGGAAAUUCAGGGAGUCUGUAAGUUGAUAACUGGUUCACUCUGGCCAUUUUAGACAGCUGGAAGAUGGGAGUCAAUGUAAAAUGUAUUGUUUUGAAAGCUGUUUUAAUAUGAUGAUGAUGAAUGAAACCAAAUGAGUUGAGUGCUGUUUUACAAUAAUGUUGCUUUGUUUCACUUACCUCUUUAUGUUCUUGACACAAGUUGCAGAACUUAGAAGCUCCAUAUGCAUACUGGCCCUGUAUUAUCUGCAACACAUUGCAUAGUGUCACAGUGUUUUUAUACAUUGGUAUCCAGUUCAAAUGUAUGCCAGCUUUUGCUGUGAGUUCUUUCCCAUGGUGUCAUUUUGAAAAAUUAUGGCUUUUGGUAGUGGGUCACUUUUAAAGUAAAUGAAUUCCUUGUUAAUUUCAAAAAAUAGAAAGAGCCUGUUGUCCAAAAUCAGAGUAGGGCUAAUUUGUCUGUUGUUCUGAUGGUCAUAUAUUCUGUACUGUAUGUAAUGAACCAGUUCAAUAAAUGUAAGAACACACUGUGCAAUCUAUAUUUAAGCAAUAAAAUAAACCAAAA